AUGCCAUACCAGAUCCACGGAAAGUUCCUGCGUGAGCUUCCCAUCCUCCCGGACAAUAUCUCAUCCGAUGUCGAAGAGUUCCGUGUCGAGGCUUGGAUGCGUCUCGACAGGCGCGUCCGCCUCCGCGGUGUCCGGUUCCGAAAAGCAUUCAACAUGCUUGCUUGGGGCACAGGGAACAAGAAGACUCUUGAAACCGAGUCUGAGUUGGCAAAGGCGACGGUGGCACAGGGAAUCAACCCGGGUGCUCAUUCCACUCGUGGGAUAACGCCGGGGUCGAUCUACCCUGAAGCUGGAGAGGCAGGGGGGAGAAUUGCGCUUCCCGAGAAGUACGGAAAGUGA